AUGAGGUCUGAGAGGAUUAACAAGCUAUUGCUUAAUGGGGCUCACAAUAGCGUGAUUAAUAGUAAUAAUACAAUGGCAUAUAAUGAAAAUAGUAAAAAGCUCAUUAAUACUAAUAAUAUAAAUAGUAACCAGAGUAAUAUGCAAGGUAACAUAAAAAAUUCAGGUAUUGUGAGUAAACCUAUGACUAGAAGUAUGUCAGCAAGUAGUAUGAAGAUAUCAACCAAAUUGGCAGUCAGUAAUGAGAAUACAUCUAAGGUGGGUAAUCAAGUAAAUCAAAUUAAUAAUAAGGAUUAUAACUUUGCUGAGAGACAGAUAAUAAACAUUGGUAAACAGGAGUAUUACAAAACAUUACAUAAGGUUCUAUCUGUUGAUAUGUUAAAUUCAGAUCCAUCAUACUUUUCAGAAUAUGCAGAAGUAAUAUAUCAAACUUCUCGUGAUAAAGAAUUAAAUCAGGAAUCAUUAUGGUUUACGGCGUCACAGGUUAUUGCAGCUCAGCCUAGUGUAGGUAAACAAAUACUGGACUGGAAGAAGAGUGGAGUUAAUUUAUUGUUUGGAUUGCAAAUAGCCUUUAAUGUACCGGAUGAGGUGACUGUAAUGGCAAAUUCAAUGUUAGACCGUAUUUUAGGCUUAAAACAUUUUCAGAGAGCUUCAGAAAUGACUUUAGUAAGUGCAACUUGUUUUUGGGUUGCAUUAAAAUAUGAAGCAGCUUAUGUUCAAGGUGAAAAUCCAAAAAUUCCCCCAUUACCAGCACUAAGUGAUGUGGCUGAAAAGUGUGGAUUAAAUGUAGCAGCCAUUCUAUUCUGUGAAGGGGUAGUACUAGAGGCAUUGGAUUGGUGUAUUGAAUUUCCAAAACCUUGUGAUUAUAUUAAGAGAUUUUGCUUAGUUUUUAAAGAUCAGUAUACUGGUAAUAAAUCUAGUCGUGUAGAAAGUCUAUCAAUAUAUUUGUCACAUCUGGCUAUUCAUGAGCCAGCAAUGAUGGGUGUAUCACCUUCCAAGCUUGCUUGUGCUUGCUUAAUGUUAGCUCAUAAAAUAGAAGGAGUUGAAGAAAGCUGGGCCCAAAGUAUUGAGUAUUAUUCUGGAUAUAAUCGUGAAUCUCUUAAAGAACUAACUAGAUAUAUGAUAAGUAAUCUGAGAACAAUUCGUAAUACAGAAAAUGGUGAGAGUCAUGCAUCACCCAGCCACUAUCAAAAUGUUCGAAGAAAAUGGUGGAACUCCUGGGGUUCUAAUGAAUGGGGUUAA